AUGGCUUUCGCGGCAACAUUGGCUCGUCGAGCAGCUGCAAAAGCUGGUGAGGCUGGGAAAGACACUGUGCUGAAGAGGGGCGCCCGCCGAGAUCCUGAGCUCUAUAUCCUCCUAGGUGUCAUGUCCGGUGCCUUUGGUCUCGCAGGAUUCUACUUCGGUCGCAAGCCUACCUCCGCCACCUCAGAAGCCGAAGUUUCGGUCGCUCAGAGCUCCAUGCCGUGGCAGGUCGAUCAUGACCACGAGGACCACUCCAAGCACUUCAAAUAUCAAUACCAUCCAAAAGGCGACAAGAACCAGACCCCCAGGAACGCUCCGAGUGCCUUGAACACGGUUAUCGUGCCCAACGUGACCCUACCAAAGGCGGUCCACGAUGCAUUCAACAAAUGGGGAAAAGAAAAUUAUUGA